UAUUCAUUACUCAGGAUCGGAUCAUUCACUCUGUUUGUCUCUCAUGGCAUGGUGCUUUGUUAUGAGAAGAGGGAUUAUAAUUUGGUGCUGUUUAUAGAGGUGAUAACACUGAUAAAAUCCAAUCAUUGCUGGUGCCAGCACACCUGGAAGGUCCUGCAAGGCCUCAGACACAGAAAACCCAGAGAGAGCAAGUGAAUUCGUUCAUGACUUUUGACCACCAGAUCAUCAACCAGGCUCUUAAAAGAUCACAGCCUCCAAGCAGCGCACUUCUGGGACAGCAUGGACACACAACCCCGGACAGUGAUGCUGCCCUCACAGGCGACCCACUUGCCAAGUUACUAACGCUUGGAAGAGAGGAUGGCAACGCAGAAUGGCAUAUGGAGGACGUUAUUGAGGAUCUAAUCGGUAUGGAAUCAAGUUUUAAAGAGGAAGAAACAGACUCUCCUCUGCUAAUGCAAAGAACAUUAUCUGGAAGUAUUUUGGAUGUGUAUACUGGCGAGCAGGGAAUUUCACCAGUUAAGAUGGGACUUACAAGUGCUUCCUGUCCAAGUAGUCUACCAAUGAAAAGGGAAAUUACAGAAACCGACACUAGAGCUUUGGCAAAAGAGAGACAAAAAAAGGACAACCACAACCUCAUUGAAAGAAGAAGGAGGUAUAAUAUUAAUUACCGAAUCAAGGAGCUUGGCACUCUUAUUCCAAAGUCUAAUGAUCCUGAUAUGCGCUGGAACAAAGGAACCAUUCUCAAAGCAUCAGUGGAGUACAUCAAGUGGCUACAGAAAGAACAACAGAGAGCCCGAGAAUUAGAACACAGACAGAAGAAAUUAGAGCAGGCUAACAGGCGACUUCUACUCCGGAUUCAGGAACUAGAAAUACAGGCACGUGCACAUGGUCUGCCACCCCUGGCUUCACUUGGCACAAUUGAUUUAGGUGCUGACGUCACCAAACAACAGAGCCACCGGGAACAGAAUUCAGUGGAUUAUUGCCAACUUCUGACUUUGCCUCAGGGGCCAAGCCUUGAGCUCUGUGAUCAAGCGAUGGCCUUCUCUGAUCCUUUGUCACACUUCACAGAUUUAUCAUUUAGUGCCGCUUUAAAAGAGGAACAAAGAUUGGAUGACAUGCUCUUGGAUGAUACAAUAUCUCCGUUUGGAACAGACCCUCUGCUAUCUGCCAUUUCCCCCGCAGUUUCCAAAGAGAGCAGUAGGAGAAGCAGCUUUAGUUCAGAUGAUGGUGAUGAGUUAUAAGUAAUAAACAGGCUCAGUUCAUCCACUGGGAAGCUGUUCCACGCUGGUGCUAUGUAGUUAUGUUCUGUGUUUCCUAUAUUGGUUUGGCUUAAUUUUUCCAAGAAAUAUGUUGUUCAUCAAAAACCGAUUGAUUAGAAGCAGCAGAAGAAUUCACAGGAAGAAAAAAAACAAGGUGUUAUAAGAUUAUUGAGAACUAAAGUGUGUAUUUUCCUUUUAGACUACAGAGUUUAAAUCUACUUCAAUUUUGUUUUCCUGGAAAGAGGUACAGCAUAAGAAAUAGCUUAUGAUACUUUAAAAGCAGCAACUCAGCAGUGUACCUCAGGAACAAACAAGGGCGAAGUGUCAUCCUACGGAAAGGUACAAACCCUUCUUUAGUCUUUCUCUUCCAUCCUCUCUUCAACUCCUAUAGCUUCAGUUUUCAAGAAUCGAGAUCAACAUAUUUGGGGAUCAUUGCCUUCCUCCAUUGUCUGGUGGACACAUAAGUUUAAGCCGUCUAGGGAAGUAAUUACAAAGUAGGUUAUCUGUCACUUGUCACUGAAAAGCAAGUUUACAAUAAAUGUGAGUAUUUUCCACAAUGAAAUACAGAAAACUUAUAAAAAAUAUUGCUUACUUAAAU